AACUGUAAUCGUGAAUCUAAACUAACCCUAGCAAGUGAUUCGCCCAUACGGACCAAAAAUGAAGGUUCUUAGGUCCUAAAGUCCAAUAACUGGUCUCAGUUUCACAGUUUUCACGUGAUAGCCCUGAGCGUCAACGCUGCUUACUCGGUGCUUAGGAUGUUCUCAUUUUACAGCGUGCACGCCGAGUUUGUUGACUAUCUAUGUCAUUCUUGGUUAAGACCAGAAAUGUGCCGUAGAUUAAAACACAUGAGGUUAGCGGCACGGAUUUAUGGCAUAUACGUACCAUGAGGUAUUGGGUUAGUGUGGAUGCAUGAUCACUUCUAAUUACCAACAUUGGGCCAUUUAUAAUGAUUUACGACUCUAUCACAACCCGUAUAAUCCUUCCAACGACCACCCUACAUUAUACCGCCUUAUCCCCGCCCUAAGAAAACGGGUUUACGCCGACGUAGCCGCAACCACAAGAGCAGGAACAUAUAGAGGGGAGAGAAUAUUUACUACUCACGUCAAUUGAUCACAAUAUGGCAUUUAGACCAAAGCAAAUAACCAGUUAUCAGGCGGAACAUCUGUCCGAACUCCAGGGCGAUGUGAGCGAAAAAGCCAUCGAGUACUUCCUAACUCUGAUUCCUCCUUUCAACGACGGGGACAUAAUCCACGACAAUGCAUGUGGUUCCGGAGCCGUCACCGAGGCGAUAAUGGCCAAAAAUCCUCCGAAGAUCCACAUCCACGCUACGGAUAUUAACCCGCAAUUCGUUGCCGGAGUCCAGGCCUUAUCGGAAAAGAAUCAGUGGCCCGAAAGCACGGCGGUAAUGUCCGCGCAGAAGCUCACUUUCCCGGACAACAUGUUUACGAAAUCUAUUACGAGUUUCGCGUUCCACUGUCUCGGCGACCACGAUGAGGCGGCGAAGCAAGUCUACCGCACGCUUAAGCCUGGCGGCGUGGCUAUUGCUACGGUUUGGACUUCCAUGCCCCAUGUCCGGGCUUUGCAGCACGCGCAUUGGCGGACUCGGGGUAAGGAAGGGCCUAUGCCAUCCUUAUUACCCUUGGAAGACUUCACGGAGGAGGACUUGAGGGCUGCUCUUCGUGUUGGUGGAUUUAGGGAUAUUAGUUGUUCUGAGAAGGCGUUUUAUCUGAAGGUAUCUGAUAUGAAGCGCUGGGCGCAAUUAGCUUGGAGUUAUUUGGGUCAUUUACCCACUGGAUGGUCACAGAGUGAUGAGGAUAAGUGGGAUGAAGCUAUUGAUGAUGUUGUGGAGCAGUUGAAGAGUGGUGAUGGUAUUACUACGGAUGACCGGGGUGAGGUUGUGAUGAAGAUGAUAGCUGUUGUUGCGGUGGCUAAAAAGUAAAAUUUCGAAAUAUGUCCAGAGAGAUGAUCUAAAUUAAGCGAAGACAAUUCACUGGUUGUGAAUACGGUCAAGUCCUGAUAUGUAAGCCCC